UUUAGAAGUCCUGAACUAUGUAUUGGAAUUGGAUUUGAAACAAUCAAAUACAAUUCCUUGCAGUUUAGGCUGAGAACUUUGGUGGUCCGCAGACCUCGGACCACCACACACACAACACAUCACUUGCAUACCUACACAUAACAUCAGGCGAUUCCCAUAUACUGAUCAAUGACCGUUUUCUACAUAGCUAUCUGGCACAUGCAUCUGAAUGAAAAUGUUUAACAAUUUUCCCAUGCGAACUACAUGCGAAAAAUAAUAUUAUAUCUGCCAUAAUAAAUAUUAUUUUUCCAACAAAGAUAUCCAGUUCAUCUCCAGCAUGUACCUUUGUGCAAAUUGGUUUUAAAGUGGAUUAAAAUCAAACUCGUCAAUAUUUACGGACAAUGAGAACGAAACCCCAUAAUUGGUAAUUACCUCACUUGUUUGAGCAGGCUUCAGAUUUUUGCGAAUCAUUCCAAAAUACGAAGGUGUAUCAGCACCAUAAAUUUGGAACCAAAAAUAGAAAAAAUUGGUCAAGUAUGGUUUCCAAUUCAAAUCUCGCUUUAACUCGUAAAAAAUCAAGCGAGCAUCCACUCCUCCAAUACGAACAUGGAGGAUGCAAUAUCUCCGAGUUGGGAACCCCGGUAAAGUUCCUACUUCCCGGAAGUAAUUUCAGAAUUGGAGCAACAUUACUAAUUACUACGUUAAAAGUGAUUAGUUCCGUUUACGAUACUUUUACAUGGUUUGGAUACUACGGGUUUCAAAAAAAGCGACGACAAGAGAGACUUAAACUUCGGAAUGAAAUCAAAGCUGAAAUUGUGUCCAGCACCGAUGGGACAUCCAAAACUUGGCGUGCGAACAGGGAAAUUAGGGAUAUUCACGUCGAAUUAGAAAAAGGGAACAUUAACACAAUGCAUAAAGUGUUUACUCUUGCCAUAAGAAAAUUUGGCUCUAAACAAUGCCUCGGGACACGUGAUCUCCUGACGGAAGAGAAUCACUUUGAGAAUGGAAAACUCUUAAAGAAAUGUGAACUUGGGCAGUAUCGGUGGAAAACCUACACCGAAGUGGAACAUCUCGCCACACAUUUUGCCUUAGGAUUGACCACACUUAAUUUAAAGCCGAAAGAAAGCCUUUGCAUUUUUGCUGAAACUCGGGCCGAAUGGUUUGUUGCUGCGGUGGGGGCCUUCAAAAAUAAUUAUACGAUCGCCACGUUGUACUCAACUUUGGGGGAAGACGCCAUCGUCCAUGGUCUCAACCAGACAGAGGCAACCGUUGUACUCACGUCGAGCGAACUUUUGCCAAAAUUUCGCUCAAUCCUCCAACAAACUUCGCACGUACGACACGUGAUUUACAUGGAACAUCAACUUCACCAAGAAACCGUAGAUGCUUCAUUGUAUCCCGGAACCAUAAGUAUUUACCCCUUCAGCGAAAUUAUACAGCGUGGGAGAAAAGUUAUUGAUAUUAAAUUGGAAGCACCAGAACCGGACGAUGUCGCCAUAAUUAUGUACACCAGCGGUUCCACCGCCGUGCCAAAAGGUGUCCUUUUGUCGCAUAAAAAUGUGGCGGCUGCCAUGUUUGGAGUUACCGAUGGGUUCGGACCGGUUUUUCCGGACGACAUUUACGUCGGCUAUCUUCCACUCGCUCAUGUCAUGGAACUGGCCGCGGAAGCAGUGUGUUUCUUGCAAGGAGUGCGAAUCGGCUACUCGUCGCCAUUGACGUUAACUAACAGUUCUCUCAAAAUUAAGCCUGGGUGUACCGGAGAUGCCGUCGAACUCCGACCCACGCUGAUGGUCGGUGUGCCCUUUGCGCUGGAUCGGAUCCAUAAAAUGAUUAAAAGUCAGGUCGACGAGGGUAGCGCCAUGAAGCGGGCGAUUUUCUACUUUGCUUACGACUACAAAUUGAAGUGGAACUAUAAAGGAUACGAUACUCCUCUCGUAGACAGAACUAUUAUGAAAAAGACAAAAAUGGCGUUAGGGGGUCGAGUUAGAGUUUUAGUUUCCGGAGGAGCUCCGCUUGCAGUAAACACGCACGAAUUUGUUCAAAAUUGUUUCUGUAUCUCGAUAAGUCAAGGGUACGGUUUAACGGAAACGUGUGCAUCGGCCACGUGUACAAUUCAGGGAGAUACGACCCUCGGGUCAAUCGGGCCACCUCUCCGAUGCACCGAUAUCCGACUAGUCAACUGGGACGAUGGCAACUACACCGUAAACGAUGUUCCCCUUCCACGGGGCGAAUUGGUCGUUGGGGGUGACGUAGUGGCGUUAGGGUACUUCAAAACGCAUGAAACUACAACCCACGAUUUUUUUCUGGAGGAUGGGAAACGCUGGUUCCGGACUGGGGAUAUUGCUGCUGCUGAACCGGACGGAUCCUUCAGAAUAAUUGAUCGUAAGAAGGACCUCGUCAAACUUCAGAGGGGUGAAUAUCUCAGCAUGGGAAAGAUUGAAUCCAUCUUUAAAACGUUUCAUUACAUUGAAAACAUUUGUGUAUAUGGCGACCCCAGUAAAGACGUGUGCGUCGCAUUGGUGACUCCCAUUCAGAAACAGCUCGAACUUCUCUCAGCCAGUCUUGGCAAUGGAGAUAAACUGACCCUGGCAGAAAUGUGUUUAGACGCUGAAGUGGAAUCCGCCUUCUUGGAGCUUGUCCAAAGCUUCGCGUCAACCACUAAAUUGCACCGGUUCGAAAUACCUGCAGCCCUGAAGCUUUGUCCAGAACCUUGGACACCAGACAACGACAUGGUAACUUCCACGUUCAAAUUAAAGAGACGAAAUGUGCAAAAAGUCUUUCAAGCUGACAUAGAUCGGAUGUAUGCGGGCUUGAAAACGAAUGAAUGAUGCGAAAAAUUUGGUUCAAAGAAUAAAAUAUAA